AUGCCUGCCCCCGGCCACUCCGGCACUGGCGUCUACCACCCGAACGGGCACUCUGACCCGCUGAAGCCGUCGCGCUCUGCGACGGUUGCGGGCAUCAUCAACAACCUCGCGCAAGCUGCGAAGCCUCCGGCCCCGAAACCAGCGCCCGUCAAGCGCAACUCGUCCGCCGACUCGGACGUCAGCUCGGCCUCCUCAACCUCGGUCUCCGGCAAGGACAUCAACGGCACGCACGUGCGAGAUGUUUUCCGGAACACGGCCAACUCGGUGUGGAUUAUCACGAGUGCGUGGGACGGCGAGCCCGUCGGCUACACGGCCAUCACGGUGAACAGCGUCUCCGUCGAGCCACCGAUGAUCACAUUCAACAUUGGCCGCAGCUCCAGCUCGCUGAACACCAUCUCGCGCUCGCUCAAGUUCGCGGCACAUCUGCUUGCUGACGGCGAGACGGCCGCCGCGAAACGCUUUGCUGCCGAUGCCAAGCUUCGCUUCGCGGACAAGUCGACGUGGAGCUGGCACGAGGACGGCCUGCCUUCGCUCUCCAACGGAGUGCUCGCGCGCCUAGCCGGUGACAUCGUCAACCUCUCGCACGCAGGUGACAACCUCCUAGUCCUCGGCCGACUCGAGAACAUUGAUAUCCGCCCCGGCCAGCCGCUCGUGUAUCACCAGGGCUCCUAUCGCACGCUGCCUGACCCGACGGCGCAGCUGUCCCUGUCCCCGCCGAAGAAGGACCGCCGCAUCUACCUGAACGCAUUCGACAUGUGCUGCGUCGGGCACCAGGCGAGCGGCAUGUGGUCCUACCCCGGCGACAAGGCGAGUACGUACAAGGACCUCGAGUACUGGACCGACUUGGCGAAACUGCUCGAGGGCGGCGGGUUCGACGCGCUCUUCCUCGCCGACGUCGUCGGCAUCUAUGAUGUGUACCAGGGCAGCCGGGAUGCGGCUGUGCGUUCCGCCGCGCAGGUGCCCGUCAAUGACCCGGUCGGCCCGAUUUCGGCCAUGGCGGCCGUCACGGAGCGUCUCGGUUUCGGCGUGACCGUGUCGCUGACGUACGAGUUGCCGUACGCGUUCGCGCGCCGCAUGAGCACGCUCGACCACCUGACCAAGGGCCGCGUAGCUUGGAAUAUCGUCACGUCGUACCUGAAGAGCGCGGCGACCAACCUCGGCCUCGACGCGCAGGUCCCGCACGACGAGCGCUACAACAUUGCCGAGGAAUUCCUUGAGGUGUGCUACAAGCUCUGGGAGAGCUCGUGGGAGGACGACGCAGUCAUCCGGGACUGGCGCUCGGGCGUUUAUACCGAUCCCGCCAAGGUCCACGACAUUGAGCACAAGGGCAAAUACUUUAAUGUUCCUGGCGCGCACCUCUGCGAGCCCUCGCCGCAGCGCACGCCGUACCUCUUCCAGGCGGGCGCGUCAGCGCGCGGUCAGGCGUUUGCCGCCAAGCACGCCGAGAGCGUCUUCAUUGCCGGACCCAACACGACACAUCUCAAGCGCCUCACCAAGGGGAUCCGGCAGAGCGCAGUCGACCAGGGGCGCAAUCCCGCGGACAUUAAGAUCUUCGCCCUCGUUACCAUUAUCACUGGUCCGACGGAUGAGGCGGCACAGGCCAAGUUUGAGGAGUACAAGCGCUACUCGACGGUCGAGGGCGCGCUGGCGCUGUACGGAGGCUGGGCGGGCGUCGACCUCUCGACUCUGCCCUUGGACCAGCCGCUCGAGUACGUCGAGAACGACGCGAUCCGGUCCGUGAACGAGAUGUGGAGCAAGCAGGGCGAGGGCGGCGAGGUUUGGACCCCGCGCAAGAUUGGUGAGAAGAUUGCCAUCGGCGGCCUUGGCCCCGUCGCCGUUGGAAGCGGCAAGACGAUCGCGGACCUGCUCGAGAAGUGGGUCGACGAGGCCGACAUUGACGGCUUCAACCUCGCCUACGCCGUCACGCCGGGCACGUUCGAGGAUAUCAUCACCUACGUCGUCCCCGAGCUCCGACACCGGGGCCGCCUUCCGACCCACCAGAAGGCGAAGAAGGGAGAGCGCAAAACGCUCAGAGAGAGCAUGGGCGGACCCAAUGCCACAGCCCACGUCAGCCCCGACCAUCCGGCGUAUGCGUACAAGGUGUCCAAGUGA